GGAAAUGCAAACGACUACCUACAAUUCGAAAAUGUCGAUCCCAUUUUUAAGAUUCAGACUUGGACCAUUGUCCGAUGAUGCUUAUAUUCGCCCAGUCUCAGUCACAGAAUUGAAGUUGAUAGCCUAUUAAAUAUUGCAGAAGAUCUACCUUGUUGGGUAGAUGAAGAGUGAAUUUGGAUAAAUUUUGCAUCCAUAUAGUCGACUUGACGCUCCAAAUAAUUUCUUCUCCCCUUUCCGACAAACAAACAGUUUCCCCCACCACACCCAAUCUCAACUCCAUCACAGCAUCAUAGCGCUUCUCAUACCGCAAUUGCAGUCGCUAUGAUGAUGGAAGUCAAAAAAGAAGGCUCGACCAUGUUAGGAGCUGAAGAUGAAAAACAAGCCACGGCGGGAGUUAGAGAAGAAAAUAGUGAAAAUGACUGGGAAGCUAGGUACUCGAAAGUGCGGUUCAACCAAAACAUGACCUGCGAGGAGCUGUUGGAGAGUUUAAAACAUUUGACAGGACCAGGAGCAGAGGAUGAGAAAAAGCGAAGGGUGAUUAAGUGGACCCAGACGGAGAAAGGCAGGAGGCAAGCUGCUGAAGCCCAAGCUCGUAAUAAGGAGAAGAAGAUUGAGAAGAUUAAGAAAAUUCAGUUGCGGAAGGAAAGUAAGAUAGUAAGAGAUGCGCAGAGGGCGGGACGUAGGGAGAUAGCCGAUGCAAAACUUAGAUGGGACGCAGAACAUCCGGAAGAGGCAGCAAAGAGGAGAGAUAACAGCAAAGGGGCGCGGAAGCGAGCAGCCAAGAAAGCAGAGAAGCGACUCCUGGCAGAAUCUCAGAACGCCAGGGAGAGGGGGUUGUCGACUGCAACAGACGAAAACAUGGCCAAGUCGAGCGCUGCGCGUGGUGUGGGGGAGGAGGCUGUCGAGGCUGAUGCUAUGAACGAGACAGAGGAGAUGGCUGAUGAUGAUGCUGAUGUUAACUUGAUAAAGGGUUUGGAGUAUACUGAGAACUCAACAUUUAGUCUGGCUAUCAGGCAAAGAUAGGCUUUAUAUAUUUCCAACGAAGAGCUAAAUCAAUUA